AUGGUGUUACUUUCCAACGGCCACAGCACGGAAGCUAUACUUAAAUCUGUUGAGAAACUGGACAGGGUGAACAAUUUUAAUGAUGGAACUGAUGAGUCAAAUUGUAAACGUUCUGCCAAAACUCCACCAUCAGCACUGCGACGACAGUGUUGGUCAAAUACAAUAGCAGAUGAUAUAAUAACAUCUGUUGAGAAAUUGAAAAGAUUUAAAAUUUCCAGUGAUGAAGUCAGGUCAAACACACGGAAACAAAUACAUUUUGAUCAUGAAUAUGUCAAAUGUCUUGUUGAUAAUAACCCAAAGUCCACUACCCAAGAACCAAAGGAAUCGAAUACAUUAGAUCCAUCACUGAUCAUUUGUGCAGACAAAUCUAUUCCCUAUUAUGGAUUGUUAGAGGAAUUAGACCUGCAGUUACGUGGAUUAGCUGUGAAUGGAAUCAGUGUUUUAUUUACAAACAAAGAUGUUGACUCCCUCACCUCGAAGCAUGUGUUAAAUGCAGCAAUUCAUGAAAUGUUGGAAAAGUGUCCACUUUUACUACAUGUUCUUAGCCGUUCCCUUUCGAGUACUACAUGUUCCCUAGGAUCAGAAACCCUCAUUGCCAGCAUUGCCACUGUAUAUGGAAUGAUACUGCAUAGCCGGAACAACAAGGCCUCUGCAAUCCAGAAAGUCUACUCUUCCCUUGCAAUCAGAUAUCAUGCCGACAAUGAGAUGCAGACUGCAAGGGGCAAAGUCGUUGAGAGCAGGGCACACACACAACAAGAGCGCUUUGAUCAACUGCAUCCAAUUAUCAUGGAGCUUUUUCAUACUCAGCAAGAUUUCCUUGAUCUCACCUCGCAUGGUCUAAAGGACCAAGAAGGCAUGCAAAACGUUUCUGAAACUUGGGAAAGGAAGGGAAACAGCAACACUAUAGCCCAUCUCAAGGCUGUUAUACAGAGAGUGAAUGUAAAUGGUCAGGUGAAAGCAAGAUUUAAGGCCCAUGAGGACUUCAUAAAACUUGUUGGUUGUGCCUAUUUCUUGGACUUUGUUAUGGGGAAGUUUGGUAUGAAGGACCAAAAAGAUGAGCCAUGUCAUCCCAUCAUUCCAGAAAACAUCACCAGAGUCCACACUGGAAGGAAAUCCUUGGUGGCAUCUGCAGUGAUUGAUUUCAUUCUUGAUGCUAUUUUGAUAGAAUGUGACAUGCAGGACAAACCUGAUCCAGCACAGGAUAUAGUACAGAUGAAGGUUUCAAUAGGAAACAACACUACAGAAGUGGUUUCAUCUGUGGUACAGGGUCAAGUUUAUAUUGACUUACUUGUGAAUGACAACCCCAGCCGCAUUACUAUACCAGAGUCAUCCCUCAACGAAGGUCGCACUAUUAUUGUUGCAAAUUUACCACUAGUCAUCCAGCGAAUCAGACCAGUCAAGCCACCUCAAGAUGAGUUGGAGAACUAUGCCACACAUUUCCUGCAGUGGUAUUUCGUUAUCAUACAGAUGACCGAUGCCAUACAUGAAGGGGAUGUUAUCCGAACUAACGUCAUCCUAAAACACAUGAUUCCUUUUUUUUACUCCCACUCAGUACUCUCCAAGUAUCUGGUAGAGUGUAUUGACUAUGUUAUGAAGACAGAAGUGGUAUUGUCACCGGAGUUUGGGAUGCGUGUAAGGGCUGGAUCUUUCGUUAAUUGUCAUGGAGGUGUGGGAAAGAAUAAAGCCACUGACAUGCAAAACGAAAAUGAGGUGAAAGCUCUCAAGGAAUUGAUUAAAGGAUUAGGCUCCAACAAAACAGAACAGUCUAUAAUUGCUGUAUGUAAGGCUAUGCCGUCUAUUCUUGAUGUAGUAUCAAAGUUUGAUACCAUGGUCAGUGUCGGUACUAUAUCAACAACUCAUAAGAAGAGAUCAUAUGAAGAAGACCUGGAUGCAGUGUUGAAAGUGGUGAAGAAAGCAGGUAUUUGGCAGAAUGCAAGUAGGUCUCUAGCCGGAUUCAAAGCCAUCAGUAAAUCUCCAUUCGCCUUUAACAAACCACUUUUCAAACGAACAGUAAGAAACAUCAUUGACCGGCUUCAGAGGGACUUACCACCAGUACCUGAUGAUGAUGAUGAAUCUGGAGAUGUCUGA